CGUACGUUAAUUCAGACCGCACUUGUGAAUAUUCAUUCCUUUCUGCCUCAGCAUAAAACCACACAUUUACUCCUUUGACAUAUAAUAUCGAAUAGACAACAUGCUGAGUCGAGCUUUUAGACAUUCAGCACUUGCUGCAUCCCUCAGCAAAACCAUACCCGGUGUAUCUACCACUGCUGCUCUACCUCACUUAAAGCAUGGCAUAUUAUUCAACCGGGCCAAAGCAAACUCAUGCAACAUCCUCAGGACCUUCUCUUCCAGCAAGUUAUUCAACGUUCAGCAACACUUCAAUGUCCGGGCAAACCCUGUCGAUGGUAACCAAGUACAGGUGCAAUGGGAUGCCAAUACUGAAAGCCUGUUUCAACAUGUUUGGUUAAGAGAUCACUGUAGAUGCCCUAGCUGCUAUCAUCCGCAAACCAGACAACGCCUUGUCGACACCUUUGCCAUUCCGGUAGAUAUAAAGCCGCGUUCGGUGCAAGCAAACGAAGGCGGUCUCACCGUCGUUUGGGAUAAUGAUGAACACAAGAGCGUGUACGAAUGGGCAUGGCUCAAAAACCAUUCUUAUAAUCCGCCUCUCAAGGGAAAGGUAGAAUUGCAUUCACCGAAACCUGUGCUUUGGGAUGCCAGUAUAGCCAAUGCCCCACCUGUUGUCCAGUAUGAAGAAGUCAUGACCACAAAAGCAGGACUUGCAAAAUGGUUAGACAAUAUCGAGGUCUACGGUUUCUCUUUCGUUGAUGGUGUGCCGGUCUCUCUGGAAGCUACGGAAAAACUAGCUCGUCACAUUUGUUUUAUUCGCGAAUCGCAUUACUCUCCUGGUCUCUGGGAUUUCACCUCCGACCUUGCUCACGCCGACACUGCUUACACUGAUCUGGCGUUGAAAGCUCACACCGACACAACGUACUUUUCGGACCCGGUUGGUCUGCAAAUGUUUCACAAGCUAGAAUUUGAUGGAACCGGUGGCGAGUCUCUAUUUGUGGAUGGCUUCAAAGUUGCUCAAAGUCUCAAGGAACAGCACCCAAAGGCAUACGACACCUUGUCAACCCUCAAGAUUCCAACACACUCGGCCGGAGACGAAAAAGUCAUGAUUGUCCCAACGCCUCGGGAACAGUCGAUUCUGAACCAUCUUUCUGACGGAACGCUAUACCAAAUUAGAUACAACAACGAUGAUCGUUCGACCUUGAGUAAUUUGACUGCCAGUCAGGUUGACGAAUUUUAUGACGCGUUGCGAAAAUGGAAUGAUGAACUUACUAGCGACCGCAACCAGUAUUGGGAAAGCCUAGAGCCUGGAAGGGUGGUUGUUUUUGACAAUUGGAGAGUAUUGCAUGGCCGAGCAAGCUUCACUGGCCAUCGUAGACUCUGCGGUGCAUAUCUGAAUCGCGAUGAUUUUAAGAGCAGGGUGCGAUCAAUCAAAUACAGCCCCGAGGAGAAAUCGACACUACUGUAAUUUAGACGGAUGUAUCUCUGCUAUAUACUCCUUACCGCUGUACUAAAUGCUAAUGAACCGCUUACAGUGCCAA